CAAAAGCGAAGGAAGGCUCUCAUGUCACAUUCGGUGAAUCUGUCAACUGCUCUCUGCUUCCUCUUACACAUCAUAUUUGCUAAAUUCAUACAUCAAUGAGUUCGACUUUGACGUGUGCGUGUUGAAGACAACUUGGGCUGAACUGCUGUGAGUUGGAACAAGUGGAGGAAACGAGACAGGAUGUAUCAUGAAGAGACCGCUGCUUUUCAAAAGCCUCGAUAUGGAACUAUUCAGGAUGACGAGAGACUAUCAGCAGAGGAGAUGGAUGAGAGGAGGCGACAGAACAUUGCCUACGAGUACCUCUGUCACCUGGAGGAGGCCAAACGGUGGAUUGAAGCCUGCUUAGAAGAGGACUUGCCUCCAACUACUGAACUUGAGGAGGGACUCAGGAAUGGCGUCUACCUUGGCAAGCUUGCGACCUUUUUUGCACCCAAAAUGGUCUCUGAAAAAAGGAUAUAUGACAGAGAUCAGACACGAUAUAAGAGCAAUGGACUGCACUUCAGACACACUGACAACACAGUGCAGUGGCUAAGAGCCAUGGAGUCAGUAGGUCUCCCCAAGAUCUUCUAUCCUGAAACAACAGAUGUGUAUGAUCGCAAAAACAUGCCCAAGGUGGUGUACUGCAUACACGCUCUGAGCUUGUACUUGUACAAGCUGGGUAUUGCCCCGCAGAUCCAGGACCUGUUGGGUAAAGUUGACUUCACAGAGGAAGAGAUCAGCAACAUGAGGAGUGAGCUGGAGAAGUAUGGAAUUCAAAUGCCAGCGUUCAGCAAAAUCGGUGGCAUCCUUGCCAAUGAGCUCUCAGUGGAUGAAGCCGCCUUGCAUGCUGCCGUCAUUGCCAUUAAUGAGGCCAUAAACAAGGGUCAGGCGUCUGUGACGAUGGCCGCCCUUCAUAAUCCCAACGCCAUGCUGAGAAACAUCAAGGACAGUCUUGCUCAGGAAUACCAGGACACACUGAGCCAGGCCAAAGGUCGGAAGCAGCACCAGUCGUCGAGGAGGAAAUCAACACUUUCAACAGAGGAAAGAGAUGUGUACGAGGAGCUGCUGACUCAGCAAGAGAUUCAGAGCUGCAUUGAUUUUGUCAAUGUUCAGACGGCCAUAAUGCAGGUGAACCAGGCUGUGUCCGACCAGGAUGAGGUUGCACUCCUGGCUGCACUCAGGCUGGAAGACUUGGCUCUGCUUGGUGUUCAGGAGGCAUACUGUCACUGGUACCUGGAACACUUCACCACCUACUGCCAGCACAAGACAAAGGACAGCGGGAAGCCACUGAUGGUGGACAAAGAGGAGAUCCAGAGGGUGGUCAGCUCUUGCAAUGACUUUGCUGAGGCGGAGAAGAGAAAACUUCAGGCCGUUGCUGCCAUCAACACUGCCAUUCGUUUGGGCAACCCAGAGGACACAGUGCAGGAGCUGAUGAACCCUGAAGCACAGCUGCCAAUUGUCUACCAACCUGCUGCUAACCUCUACCAAAACGAGCUCUUCAGUCUGCAGCUCCAAGGAGGACGGUCGGGCCUAAGCCACGAGGAGUUGAGCGUCGCCGUGGAGAUGCUCUCGGCCGUCGCUGUCCUCAACGAAGUGCUGGACACCAAAGAUCCACAGGCUGUCAUUGAGCAACUUACAGAUUCUCCGUUAGGUUUCACCAACAUGGACCAGGACAACGUGCACAGGUAUGCCGACACCCUCAUCACUCUGCGAGCUGAGGCUCUGGCUAGUGGACAAGAGUUUCUCACUUGGAAUGACGUGCAGAAGUGCAUUGACGCCGUCAACAUUCAGGUCCAUGAGGAGCAUGAACGUAUCAUAGCUAUUGCUGAGAUCAAUGAGGCUCUGAACUCUGGGGAUCAUCAGCAAACACUGGAGGCGUUGCUCCUCCCUACAGCCAGACUGACUGGAGUGGACCCUGCUAUUGCCAAACACUAUCACGAUGUGCUCCUGUACAACAAGCAGCUGCUCUGUGAGCGCUGUGGGGAUGAGUCUGCAGUUCUGUGGCUGGACCAGAUCCAGGAGGCCAUUGAUGCAGCCAAUCAAGAUGCAGAGGAGGCUUUCAUAUUUGCUGGGGCUUUAGCUGAUAUCAACAGAAGUGUAGCAGAGGGAGACCCCCAGAAAACACUGAGGGCUUUGCAGUCUCCUGGUGCCGGACUGAAGGCUGUCCUCUCCGAAUGUGCCGACACGUACCAGUCUGAACUGUCAGACAGGCAGGAUGAAAAAGCUGCUGAAGGCGGCUCUCAUGGUGUGUGGGUGAAACAUUGUGUUCGGGACCGAUAUGACUAUUAUUUCAACUUGGAGACGGGACAGGGUUUGUGGCAGCAGCCUGAAGAGUUUGACCCCAACACUGUUCAGCUUGAUAAAGAUGAAAUCCAGGGAGUCGUCAGCUGUGUCACAGUGGAUUAUAACAGGGAGCAGUUAUGGCUGGCCAACGAAGGCUUCAUAAUCCAGCUGCAGGCCAGAGUGAGAGGCUUCCUGGCCAGGAAAAAGCAUGCGCAGAGAAUGGAGUACCUGCGUGAGCAGGAGCCGCAUGUUGUCAAGUUACAGGCCUGCUGGAAAGGUUACAAACAGCGGAAAGCGUACAAGGAGAGAAUGAAUUUGCUACAAGACAAUGUCGACUCCAUUGUCAAGCUCCAGUCUUGGGUUAAAAUGUGGAAAGCCAAGCGUCAGUACAAUCAGAGGCUGCGGUACUUCAAGGAGCAUGAGAAAGAGAUUGUGAAGAUCCAGGCUUUCCUUAAAGCCAACAAGGCCAGGGAGGACUACAGGACGCUUACCGGAGCCAAAGACCCCCCUCUGUCUGUGGUGCGCAAGUUCGUCCACUUGUUGGAGCAGAGUCCUCUGGAUGUGCAGGAGGAGCAGGAAGUGACACGGUUAAGAGAGGAAGUCGUCACCAAAAUUCGCUCCAACCAGCAGAUGGAGAAAGACUUGAACCUGAUGGACAUAAAGAUCGGGCUGCUGGUGAAGAACAGGAUCACUCUGCAGGACGUGGUCACUCAUAAUAAGAAGAUGAAGAAUAUGAAAAAUAAGGAGCGUAAAGAUGAACUGGCUGGAGCAGACAGACUGGGCAUCAAGGGUCUGAAUAAAGUCAAGAGAAGAAAGCUGGAGGCCUACCAGCACCUCUUCUACCUGCUGCAGACCAACCCGUCCUACUUGGCCAAGCUUAUAUUCCAGAUGCCACAAAACAAGUCCACCAAGUUUAUGGACACUGUGAUUUUCACCUUGUACAACUACGCCUCCAACCAGAGAGAGGAAUACCUUCUGCUGAAGCUCUUCAAGACGGCGCUGGAGGAGGAAAUCAACUCCAAGGUGGACCAAAUGCAGGACAUAGUGACGGGAAACCCGACCGUCAUCAAGAUGGUGGUGAGCUUCAACAGAGGUGCGCGAGGCCACAACACUCUCAGGCAGCUGCUGGCUCCAGUCGUCAAAGAUCUCAUUGAGGACAAGAACCUGGGCAUCAACACCAACCCUGUGGACGUGUACAAGGCCUGGGUCAACCAGGUGGAGACCGCAACUGGGGAGGCCAGUAAGCUGCCGUACGAGGUGACCCCCGAGCAGGCCAUGUCUCACGAGGAGGUGCGCAACAGACUGGAGGCUUCAAGUGUAGCGCUUCGUGCAGCCACAGACAAAGUUCUGAACUCCAUCGUGUCUUCACUGGAUAAUAUACCUUAUGGCAUGAAAUACAUCGCCAAAGUUCUGAAGAACUGCCUCCAUGAAAAGUUCCCCGACGCCUCAGACGAUGAGCUGAUGAAGAUCGUAGGGAACCUGCUUUACUACCGCUACAUGAAUCCAGCCAUCGUGGCUCCAGAUGGUUUCGACAUCAUCGACAUGUCUGCCGGGGGGCAGCUGCACUCCGACCAGCGGCGCAACCUGGGCUCCGUGGCAAAGAUGCUCCAGCACGCCGCUGCUAACAAGCUGUUCGAGGGGGAGAACGCUCACCUCACCCCCCUCAACAACUACAUAUCACAGACCUACGACAAGUUCAGGGAGUUUUUCCAGGCUGCCUGUGAUGUUCCUGAGCCGGAGGAGAAAUUCAACAUUGACGAGUACUCGGACAUGGUGACCCUGAGCAAACCAAUCAUCUACAUCUCCAUCGAGGAGAUCAUCAACACACAUUCACUGCUUCUGGAGCACUUGGAUGCCAUUUCUCCGGACCGUAACGACCUGCUGCAUGAGCUGCUGCAGGACCUGGGAGAUGUUCCAGACGUAGAGACGCUGCUGGGAGAAGGGGCUGUAAAUCCCAAUGAUCCCAACAGAGAGACUGCUCUCAGCCUACUGGCCAAAACUGAGAUCUCUCUGACUCUCACCAGCAAGUUUGAGCUGCUGGAAGGAGACGACAAGGACCUGAAGACCCUGAUGACCAAGACUAAGAAACUCAUAGUGGAUGUGGUUCGCAUUCAGCCUGCAGAGACUUUGACGGAGAUCCUGGAGUCCCCUGCCUCGGCGCCCCAGGAGCUGGAGCACAACAAGAUUGUGGCACGUCGGGCCGUUCAGGACGCACAGACGCCUGAAGGUCUGAAGAGCAGCCCGGCGGUGCUGGAGGACAGCCAGCUCCCCAUUGAGCAGAAGAAGAGGAAGAUCCAGAGGAACCUGAGGAACCUGGAGCAGGCCAGCCUGGUCUCCGCCGGCAACAACUACCAGGACAUCAUCAAUGACGUGUCCAAGGAUAUUCGCUAUCAGCGGCGCUACAGGCAGAGGAGGAAGGCCGAGCUGGUGAAGCUUCAGCAGACCCUGACGGCGCUCAACUCCAAAACGGCUUUCUUCCAGGAGCAGAUGAACUAUUACGACACUUACAUCAAAACCUGCCUGGACAACCUCAACAGGAAGAAUUCCCGCCGGUCCAUUAAACUGGACAGCAAAGGAGAAGGAAAGGGCAGUAAAAAGUCCAAGCCACAGUCUCUGAAGUACACGGCAGCGAGGCUGCACGAGAAGGGAGUCAUCCUGGAGAUCGAGGGUCUACAGACCAACCAGUUCAAAAACGUCAUGUUUGACAUCUCGCCUACGGAAGAAGUGGGGGAUUUUGAAGUCAAAGCCAAAUUCAUGGGCGUGGAGAUGGAGAAGGUUCAGCUCCACUUCCAGGAUCUGCUCCAGAUGCAGUACGAGGGCGUCGCCGUCAUGAAGAUGUUCGACAAAGCUAAGGUCAACGUCAACCUGCUCAUCUUCCUCCUGAACAAGAAGUUUCAUGGGAAAUGAAGAACUGAAUAAUAAAUGGAUUUUUUUAUGUGAUAAAUAUAUAUAUAUAUAUAUAUGAGGGAAGAAGAGGGAAGACGUCGGUGCCUUUGAAGAGAGUCUGAGUGAGAGCUGUGUUUCAUAGUUUAAACAUUGGAUGAAACGUCUUCCUCUGGUUGUAAAUGCAAUGUUUUUAAUUGUCAGAGAAAUACACUAUUUGUAUGUUGAGAACGGGAUCGAUGGAAUUUCACAGGGUUAAUGAGGGUCACGUGCCUUUUAAUGAAGUUAAAUGCUCUUUUAAUUAAAAAAGUGGAUAUAUUUUAAUGUGUAUUUGAAAACUAUUUGUAAUCUUAGAUCCAGGACGAAUAAAUGAUGUUC